AACUUUAUUGACGAGAUUUCUGCGACAAAAAGCGCGAGGUGCGAAGGAAACUGCUGUCAGUUUAUGGAUACUGUAUAAAAAUGCGAGAUUUGUGACGCUGCCCGGUUUUUAAUUCGCAGAUUGUUGGAAGACAUCAGGGACUAACAGGAAUAGACCCGCAAGGGUCUUCUGAGUGAACGGUAGCGCUUUGUUGUUGUCGUUAAGUAAUUAGAUAGCUUUAGCACGUAGCAUCAUGGCCAGUCCAGCGAGCGCAAACAUGAACGCUGUUCGGGAGACUAUGGAUGUUCUCCUGGAGAUAUCCAGGCUGCUGAAUACAGGAUUGGACUUGGAGUCUCUGUCGAUAUGUGUCCGUCUGUGUGAGCAGGGGAUCAAUCCCGAAGCUCUGUCAUCAGUGAUCAAAGAACUCAGAAAAGCCUCAGACUCAUUGAAGGCUUCUGAAAACAGCACAAGUCAAGGAUGACCAGUCAAAAUGUUGUCUAUGACAGAUAAGAAGAAAGAAAACUGCACGAUGCAUUGUGUAUAUAAGCAUGUACAUAGGAUCAAUGUGUUUAAACAGUUUGCCUUGUGUUUGACCUACUUUCAUGUGCCUCAGUCUGUACAAUUGGACUGUUAAAAUGUUUUAGUUUUUUUCUGAUAUUUAAGUAUUGUGUGUACUAAUAACCAUAAUUAAUUAUAAUGCUAAAUGGAAAAAAAAUCCUCAAAAACCAUGUUUGAUUCCCUUUAAGUCAGUAAAAUGUUUUUUUCUACCCUAA